UGACCCUCCUAUCGGUAUCUCCGUUCCCUCCGUUCUCAUCAUAAGCUCCCUGCAAUUCCUGCAGUACUUGCUAUUCCCCAAUCCUAACUCAAAAGGAUCAAUCGGUGUGGACUCACACGGAAGAGCUCCAUCUCGAUCUCGAUCACUUCUGGGAUCCAUCUUCGUUCUGGUCGGAGAGAUCUGGGAGGAGGAGAAAAGGGCAUAUGGCGAAUAGGGUGGACCACGAGUACGACUACCUCUUCAAGAUCGUGUUGAUCGGUGACUCUGGGGUCGGUAAGUCCAACAUUCUUUCCAGGUUCACGCGCAACGAGUUCUGCUUGGAGUCUAAGUCCACAAUCGGCGUCGAGUUCGCCACCAGAACUCUUCAGGUGGAGGGAAAAACAGUUAAGGCGCAGAUCUGGGAUACGGCAGGUCAGGAGAGAUACCGUGCCAUCACCAGUGCAUACUAUAGAGGAGCUGUUGGGGCGCUGCUUGUCUAUGACAUAACCAAGAGGCAAACUUUUGACAAUAUCCAAAGGUGGCUCCGGGAAUUAAGGGACCAUGCAGAUUCAAACAUUGUCAUCAUGAUGGUAGGAAAUAAGUCUGACUUGAGCCAUCUUAGAGCUACUACAGAGGAAGAUGGUCAAGCCUUGGCUGAAAGGGAAGGCCUCUCCUUUCUUGAGACAUCAGCUCUAGAAGCGACUAAUAUUGAGAAGGCAUUCCAGACCAUUUUGACAGAGAUCUACCAAAUCAUAAGCAAAAAAGCAUUGGCAGCUCAGGAAGCCGCCGCCAGUACGGUUGUUCCUGCUCAAGGAAUGAAGAUCAAUGUUUCUGAUGCAUCAGGGAAUGUGAACAAGAAAAGUUGCUGCUCUACUUAAGGUGGCAUUUGAGGGAGGAAAAAGAUUUGGAAGCAGACAAACCCUUUUUUUUCCUUAUUAUAAUUUUUCCCUUUUAUUUUCCAUUCCUUUUUUUUUUUUUGUAUCUUUGGAUGAGAGAGAGACAUGUAGAGAGUAAAUUUUUACUUCAUCUAGUUGUGAUAAAAGAGAAUAUGAACAUUAUAAGGAAUACUAUAUACAGUUGUGAAAUGUAUAAUCGCUUGCAAUCACUUUGAAAAA